GUUACGUUUAAGUCCAACAAAAUAUCACUUUGCAAAAAGAGAACUUAAAUUUUUAGGCUAUGUUGUUAGCCUCGACGUUAUGAGGAUUUCUGGGCCUGGCAUCUUACUAUCGAAGGAAACCGCCUUUCAGGCCUUAAAAGAAAAGCUCACCACGGCCCCCGUCCUUGCCUACCCUAAUUUUUCACAAGAGUUUUUGCUUUUCACAGACGCUUUGGGAAUCGCUCUUGGCGCAAUUCUUUCCCAGAGAGAUUUGCAAGGAAGAGAAAGUGUCAUUUUUUAUGCUAGUCGUAGCAUGUCAUUCACUGAGCACAACUAUUCAGUGACUGAACAAGAGUGUCUGGCUGUCGAAUAUACUUUCACUAUCGUUCACCAUGCUGGAAAAUCUCAUUCUAAUGCUGACAGUUUAUCCCGUAUUGCUGAAUCUUCUACUACAACAUCUGCCGAUUUUUGA